AUGCGCAAAGCAGGAUUGGGCCCUCUCAAGCCAAGUACACAGAAUACUACUGCCAAGAAGGACCAGCGAUCAGUGCAGAACGGGGAUAAAGAGAUCAGCAAGCCGCAAACACCAUUGACACCUGCUGAAGAACCGAUGCCUGAGCCUGUUAUACCAAAGGACAAUAAUGCGCAGGAUGUGACUGCAUUUACAACACUUCCUGUCCCUGAUUCAACCGAUGUUGAUGUAGUGAAACUUCGCUCCGCGGUUGAGAACGCCCUCCAUAUGGCUUCCGAGACUGGUAAUCGUCCAGUCAUUCGUGGACUACUCCGCCUCUGGGAGACAUGUGGCAAAGAUUCUUUUGCUCUAUCUGUUUUGGAGGGUGUUUGUGGAGCGAAUCCUGGGGCCCGUGAACAAUCUGUGUUCCAGACUGUGAUGCGCACUGCCUGGAAAGAGGUGCAGUCAGAGGAAAACACAGAAACAUUGCCUGCUGCGACGCCAGCUAUGGGGCGUACGCGGUCUGCCAGUAGUGUGUCUUCAUUGUCUUCUGCUAAGUCACUUGAUGCCGAAACAUUCGCCCCGGGAAUGGCACCGGGAGCGGCGAACGCUCGCUCUCGCGGUAGAGGAAAGCACUCCAAAUCUACACAGAAGGCUGUGGAUAGUGAAACUUCAGAACCAUCAAGUCGCCGCUCCGCGUUCCCAUCUAGUGAUACAAUUCUUCAGCGAAGGCUUGCAUUGGAAGAAAAUCCCGAAUUUUCGGCAGAAGCUGUCAAGGCCAAACGGACUCGCUUACAGAGGUCUUUCCCGAAAAUUACUGCUACUGAGAGUAGACUCCGUUCAUCACUUGCUUCUGAACCCCCUUCUGGCAUCACAACCCCUGCAGCAACUACGGAGAGCCAGUCCCAGGCCGCCGCCGACAGAGCCGUUGCCGACCAGAAGGAAAGAUUAGAGAGUCCGGCAAGUAGCGAUGCUGGAGACAACCGGCGCUUAACCCCUACAAUGGCUAACAAUAGAGAGAAUGGCGAGGAGAACAAUGAUUUCUGCCGUGAAUGCAACGGAAGCGGUCAGCUUUUAUGCUGCGAUGGAUGUGUGAACUCUUUCCACUUCUCCUGUCUCAAUCCACCCCUGGACCCUGCAAACCCGCCAGAAGGGGAUUGGUUCUGUCCAAGAUGCUCCAUCCUGAAACCCAUGGGUACAUUGCUUGUCGCUGUGGAUAAGGUUCCGCAUAAAGACUUUGCUCUACCCUCUCGCUUGCGUAGCUAUUUUGCUGGUGUGCAAACGGGCGAUAAAGGACAAUACGAUGAGGUCUUACCCUUUCCCAGAAUCAAUCCUCGGAGUGGGAGGAAUCGCUCUGGUCGGUAUGAUGAUCCAUUCCUAUUGAGAACAGUGGACGCGAAGGGCAAACUCAUUCUUUGCCAUGGCUGUGGCCGUACCACUAACGGUCGUCGGCCCAUCAUUCAAUGCGAUUUCUGUCCUCUCGCCUUCCAUAUGGACUGUAUAGAUCCUCCUCUAGCUAUACCCCCCGCCCAAAAACCGGGGAGUGAUCGUACAUAUCAUAGCUGGAUGUGCCCCGACCACAGUUGGCAUGACAAGUUCUUUAUUGUUCAAGACGAGGAGGGAUACGAUUUGGUGAAACGUAUUCGCCGUCCGAAACAUCCUCGUUUGAUAGACGUUGAAAUACUUCCGGAUGAAGAAGAAGACGAAAAGAUAGAGGAGCAGGAGGAAGAGGGUAUCAUGUAUCGUGUAUCGGAGAAAGGGAUUAAGCUCGAUUUUAUCCAACGAGUCAAACGAGAAAACGAAGAACUUGCGAUGAAAAAAGCUGUCUCUGACAAGUACUUUGAGUAUGUUCGCCAACGACAUGACGAACUAACGUCCAAGGCCCACGCGUUCUAUUCAGCCCAGAAUCCAGAAGCGAUAGAAGAGGACACAACUACUGCGAUUCUCAACUCCCGUACCGCCGCUGAGCGAGAGGCCGCGGCAAAUUUGAUCACCUUUGCCCAAGGCAACAGUGCCGAAGUCGAGGACAGCAAGAUCAGCCUCCUCAUCGAUCAGUUGAAAGCAAACGUACCGCCAGACUUUAUGCCUUCAGCCGAGAGUGAGAUUGCAUCACUCCAAUCUUUGCAACGAUUGAUCGAACUACGCAUAACAAAUCUAAGGACUCAGUCUGCUCCAACUGAAUCUCCGGCCGCCAAUCCUCCAGACGUUGAGCUUAUGGACGCUCAACCAACCAGCCCAUCUGCCAGCACAUAA